AUGGCAGCUUCCCAAGUUCUGUGCAGUCCUGAACUACUGCACUCUAUAUUCUACUACUGCCGAGACUCGCGCUCCACUUUGGCAGCUGCGGCCUGCGUAAAUUCAGCCUGGUCUGAAGAAGCUCUCAAUGUCCUUUGGGGCAAUCGAGAUUUUGGCGAAAACCCUCCUGUGCACGAAGGCAGAGUCUUGAUCGACCUAUCAACAGGACGCCGUCAAUACUAUGCAUCAAAGAUACGUAUGCUGCACAUAGAGCAUCGAGCCGAUGUAGUACACGCUUCGCUCAAGGAUCUAAACUUCCCAAGACUGCAACAUCUGUUGUUGAAUCGCAAUUAUACAUCUGGAGCUAUCGGAGACGCCCCGUCUCAAUACUUGCAACCCAAUCUAGAAGGACUGGAAUGGUAUAGCUGGGACUCAGAUCUUACUAAAGAGUUCCUGGACCAGAUCAAUGCCAGGUGCACUCGUCUAAAAGAGUUGACCCUUGGAGAUGAUGAUAAUCUGCGUACCACUCCAGAAGAAUUCUUCGAUUUCCUGGCCAAAAACCGCUCUAUCAGCGAACUCACGAUCGCAUGUCCGGAUCUAGUACAGAACGACUUGAUGUUCUAUCUCUCUGAAAGAAAAGGAUUAGAGUGUCUUGCGCUAUGGGAUAGACCUUGGGAUGAAGACAUCUUCCAGAAGAUCUCGAGUGAGCAACCGCAUCCCUUCGACGACCUCCGAGAUAUAACUCUAUGUCUGAAGCCCCCAGCCAUACCUUUUGCUCUCCCUCUGCUGAAAAAUAUAACACGAAUCAACCUUGAAAUCGAAGGAGACGGUGGGGCUGCUCCAGAACAUCUAGCCACGAUGAUAUCUCUGCAAGAUAUGUGUAUUCGAUUCUGCGAUGCAACCGAAUUGCCAGUCGAUGGUUUGCUAGCUAUGCGAUCCCUCACCAACCUCACCCGUUUCUGUUUCAUGGGUCAUGAACUGCAAUCGCACUUCAGUAACGACAACCUGAAAAGCUUGCUUUCUGCUUUGCGCCAACUGGAAACUUUCGACUUCCCUGUACAAUGUCCACUUUCUUUCUCGGCCCUUUUAAGUAUCUCAAAGAACUGCCGGUCGAUCGGAGCCAUCACUUUGCGAGGAGCUUAUGAUCCACAACGUCUUGCAGAAGAAGCAGAGCCGAUGUUUCCUGAGCUCCAGGUACUGGUCAUCAAAGGUGAUGGUUCUGAGGAGAUACCUCCACGACGACUGGAUGCAACAGAAAUCGCUCGACUGAUAUGUUGCCAUGCGCCUAAACUCGACGAUCUUGAGCUUACAGAUCCGAGACUACAGGAUGUCGUUGAGGCUUAUGAUUGA